AUGGGACCCCUUAAAAAUAUCUCUGUCUUUGCUUGUGUCUUUACAUUCACGCUAUGGAAUAAUAUCCAGCCAACUGUGGAAAAUGAAUUUAUUGCAAAUUAUUCAAGCAGUUUGCUAACUAAUGUUCCAAAAAACAUUCCAGUCCAUACCCAGGUAUUAGAUUUAUCACAUAAUAGGAUCUCUGGACUUAGUAUCUCAGAAUUUAUUUCUCUUUUUGACCUUCAAGUAUUAAAUCUUUCUCAUAAUUUAAUUACAGAACUUGACUUCAGUGUCUUCAUUUUUAAUCAAGAUUUAGAAUACUUAGAUUUAUCUCAUAAUAACAUUUUGAAAGUUUACUGUCAAACCCUUGCAUAUCUUAGACAUUUAGAUCUUUCUUUCAAUAAGUUUACUGCCCUGCCCAUCUGUCAGGAAUUCAGGAACAUGUUUCAUUUGGAGUACCUAGGAUUAAGUGCCAUGAUGAUGCGAAGGUCAGACUUCAGAUAUAUUGUACAUUUGCAGCUGCACACUGUCUUCCUAACCUUAGAAGACUUUUCUCUGUAUGAGCCUCAGAGUCUGACAGCCUUGAAUACAAGGAGCCUUCACAUUGUUUUUGCAGCAAACCAAAACUUCAGUUUUUCCCUCUUGUAUGAUGGCAUGAGCACUUCAGAAAACUUAAGAAUAGUUAACAUAAGAUAUGCCUUGAGCCACAAAGAUUUCCCUGCUCCUCCUUUAACGCUUCUGAAGAAAAUCAAGACAACAGCUCUGAUGCUUGACACUGUAGACUUACAAUGGUCUAUCAUUUUGCAAAUUUUCCUGCUCAUUUGGUAUUCACCUGUGGAGCACUUGACCGUGAGAAAUUUGACUUUUCGAGGACCACUGGGGGAGCUGACUGAAUACGAAUUUCUACCCUUAUUAAGCCCACUGGAACAAAUAAUCUCUUUGGGUGGCUCCAUGAAAGUGCUGACUUUGGAGCAUGUUCGUAAUAAGGUAUAUUACUUCAACCAGGAGAUUCUAUACAGACAGUUUUCAGAGAUGAAUAUUGCCAGUUUGACAAUAUAUGAUGCAUAUAUGCCACACAUGCUUUGCCCCAAUAGAACAAGCUCAUUUCAGUAUUUAAAUUUUUCUCACAAUGCCCUGACGGAUGAAUUAUUCCAGAAUUGUGGCACUCUGACAGAACUCAAAUUACUAAUUUUGCAGAGGAAUAAAUUUGAAAGCCUUUCCAAGGCAAGCUUCAUGACCAGCCGUAUGAAAUCGCUGAAAUAUCUGGACAUCAGCAGCAACUUGCUGAGUCACGAUGCAGCUGGUGUGCAAUGCCAGUGGGCUGAGUCUCUGUCAGAGUUGGAUCUGUCCUCCAAUCAGUUGACGGAUUCCGUGUUUGAGUGCUUGCCAGUCAACAUUGAAAAACUCAAGCUACAAAACAAUCAGAUCAGCAGUGUCCCCAAGGGGACGGCUGAGCUGAAAUCCUUGAAAGAGCUGAACCUGGCAUCGAACAGGCUGGCUGACCUGCCGGGGUGCAGUGGAUUUGCGUCCCUGGAGUUCCUGAACACAGAGAUGAAUUUGAUCCUCACCCCAUCUGCCGACUUCUUCCAGAGCUGCCCAAGGGUCAGGGAGCUACAGGCCGGGCACAAUCCAUUCAAGUGUUCCUGUGAGCUGCAAGACUUCAUCCGUCUGGAGAGGCAGUCUGGGGGGAAGCUGUUUGGCUGGCCGGAGGCGUACGUGUGCGAGUACCCGGAAGACUUGCAAGGAACGCAGCUGAAGGAGACACAGACGAAGCGGAGAGCUUGGCACAACCACCCUGAAGAGCAGGAGACGGGUCUGCAGUUUCACGCGUUCAUUUCCUACAGCGAGCGUGAUUCGUUGUGGGUGAAGAACGAGCUGAUCCCAAACCUGGAGAAGGGGGAGGGCUGCGUGCAGCUGUGCCAGCACGAGAGGAACUUUAUCCCCGGGAAGAGCAUUGUGGAGAACAUCAUUAACUGCAUCGAGAAGAGCUACAAGUCGAUCUUUGUGUUGUCUCCCAACUUUGUGCAGAGCGAGUGGUGUCACUAUGAGCUGUACUUUGCCCAUCACAAAUUAUUCAGUGAGAACUCCAACAGCUUAAUCCUCAUUUUACUGGAGCCGAUCCCUCCGUACAUUAUCCCUGCGAGGUAUCACAAGCUGAAGGCUCUCAUGGCCAAGCGAACCUACCUGGAGUGGCCAAAGGAGCGGAGCAAGCGUGCCCUUUUCUGGGCUAACCUGAGGGCGGCUAUUAGCAUUAACCUGCCAGUAUCCUUUGAAGCAAAUGAUGAGCAGAGUGAUGUUACUUCUACUAGUAGUCUAAAUGAGUAUGUGAAUACAGAUUUCACUGUCUUGCAGUAA